AUGCCCAUCACUCAGGACAACGCCCUCAGCAUCCUUCCAUUGCUGGAGGAGUGGCAGGGGGGAUAAGAAGAAGAAGGAGAAGAAGGAGAANGGAAUGACAUGUCCCUGUGUCUCGCUGCCAUCCAGAAGUUGGUGGAGUACAUUAAGUUCAACUUCAUGGAGGGCGACGCAGCUCCGUCAGCCAGCCCGUCCUCCUGCAGGGAGGGGGUGGACGUGGAGGUUCACGCUGUUUUCCUUAGUAAAGACGAGGGGGACACGUCGGAGUUCGGCCUCAGCUUCGGGAACAUCCCUAUCUUUGGGGACCCUGACGGGAAAAAGAAGGGGGGCCCGAGGAGGAGGCGGGACCAGGGCCCCAUCAUGGACGUGGGCUGCAUCUGGGUGACGGAGGUGAGGAAGAGGAGCCCAGCAGCUCGCUGCGGGGGGAUCAAACUGAGGGACGAACUGCUGUCACUGAACGGGCAGCUGAUGGUGGGAGUGGACGUCAGUGGAGCCAGUUACCUGGCCGACCAGUGCUGGAAUGGAGGCUGUAUCUACCUGAUCAUGCUGCGGCGAGUCAAGCGAAAGGCUCCCCUCCCUCCCUGUGAUGUAAACGGCGGCGUCCCUGUCAGCAGUGAGGGCUGUGAGGAGCAGCAGCAGGGCGGAGCCUCUUCUGACCCCUCUGACCGAUCAGAAAACUGCAAACGCACACGCAAGUUUGGUGUGAUAUCACGGUCGUCCUUUAACCGGGACACCAGGGACAGUACUGACUCUGAGCUCCAGAGCUGCUACAAUGGCUACAGCUCCUCUGGUCCCACUGAGACUGAGGUUAGUCCAGGGGAGGACCCGGGCUACAUCCUGUCCUCACAUACACCCACAGAGGAAAGUCCAGACGCCUUUCUCCAGGCGAGGACAGUCCCCCAGCGUCUGCACAGUGCAGGCACCCUGCUGGCAAGGUGUCACAGUCAGCUGUUAGACUGCAAGAUGGAUUCUUUCAGCAGUGAACCUUUGAGCCAGUUCAGAGAGGGCAGCCACAUCUGGAAGAUGCACAUGGUGAAGGGUGAGGAGGGCCUGGGCAUCCAGAUAACAGGGGGGCGGGGCUCCAAGCGCUCACCUCAUGGCAUCAUCAUAGCUCAUAUAGAGGAGGGGGGCGCCAUUCACAGGGAUGGUCGUCUUCAUGCUGGUGACGAGCUGCUGAUGAUCAAUGGUCAGUCUCUGGUGGGCCUCACCCACCAGGACGCUGUCGCCAUCCUCCGCUCCACCAGCGGCCUGGUCCAGCUGGUGGUGGCCAGCAGGGAGGAGUCAGAUGUGGGUUUCGAGCGCUUCCCAUCCAACAGUCUGCCGGACCUGGUCAGCACCUGCGGCUCCUCGUCCCCUUCCCCUCGUCCCCUCUCUCAUGCCACCCUCCCUCGCUCGGCCCAGACGUCCAACAGCAGCACCAGUCUGCACAACCCCUUGCUGUUGACGAACCUGGACAAACUAGAAGAACAGAGUCAGACGGAGGCACCCAAAGGAUCCUCUGGCAACCCUCCGCCCACGAAGCUCUGCAGCCGGUCCCAAGGGGGGAGCAGCCGUCUGGAGUCAGUGGGUGAGGAUGACGAGCUGUUUGUGGAGAACGGAGUGAGCGGUGAGGCGGCGGAGAAGCCUCCACCGGGCCGACGUAAACACUCUCUACCUCAACAACUAGAUACUGCUGGAGUGAGGCAGGAAUAUCAGAUCAUUAAGAAAUCAGCCCGCUCCCUGAGCACCAUUCAAGUGGAGUCUCCAUGGCGACUGGCACAGCCAUCUAUUAUCUCCAGUAUAGUGCUGAUGAAAGGCCAGGGCAAGGGUCUAGGAUUCAGUAUUGUUGGUGGGCAGGACUCAGCUCGCGGUCAGAUGGGGAUUUUUGUCAAAACCAUUUUCCCUCACGGAGCUGCAGCAGCUGACGGACGACUGAAAGAGGGAGACGAGGUUCUGGAGGUGAAUGGAGAGUCUCUCCAAGGACUUACACACCAGCAGGCCAUCCAGACAUUCAAGCAACUGAAGAAAGGUGUGGUGACGCUGACCAUUCGGACUCGCCUUCGUAGUCCAAGCCUGACACCCUGUCCCACCCCCACCCUCCUCAGUCGCUCCAGCUCACCCAACUCCAAUACCAGUGGGGGAACUCCUGUCCCCUCUGGGUUUGAAGAGGCUGAUGGCCGCAGGGGCCCUGGUCCUGGUCCUAAAGACUGCAUCAUCAUGGAGGUCACUCUUAAUAAAGAGCCUGGUGUUGGUCUGGGCAUUGGGGUCUGCUGUCUGACCCUGGAGAACUCUGCUCCUGGUAUCUACAUCCACAGCUUGGCUCUGGGAUCUGUGGCCAAGAUGGACGGCAGGCUCAGUCGUGGAGACCAGAUCCUGGAGGUGGACUCGGUCAGUCUUCGUCAUGCUGCUCUCAGCGAGGCCUAUGCCAUCCUCAGUGAAUGUGGACCUGGACCAGUCAGUCUCAUUAUAAGCAGGCACCCUAACCCCAAGGUGUCAGAGCAGGAGAUGGAUCACAUCAUAGCUCGAUCCACACACAGGGAAAAAAUGAGCAGGAACAGACACUCAUCUCACUCCCAAGGUCUGACCUGUAAGAGCCCCAACCCAUCGAUCAAGGAGCAGCAGGGAGAUGGCUCCCCUGCUCUCAGCUGGACCAUGAAGAGAUUCCUGGAGCCUGCCAGUAGACAGGGCUCCCUGAGCUCAGAGGCUGAGUUAUCUCAGUACUUCUCCCAGGAUGUCUCCAGCCACUCCUUCUUGUCUGACACCAUGCUCAUUGGAUUGAGCGGUGAUGAGGCUCCGCACCAGCAGAGCUGCCGCACCUCCAUGGACGACAACGCAUCACAGCCACGAGCUUUCACUCUCUCCCUAACAGAAGUGGACAGUGACCCUGUGUACAACACAUCAGAGGAGAAGACCCCCGCCCCCCUUCAUCAACAUGCAGAGGCAGUUUGCCAGCCCAUUGCCGUCUCCAGCCCUGCCUCCGUGCGGAGCCCGCUUCUGCGUCAGCACCGGGUGAUGUGCUUUGAGGAUGAGCUCAGCGAUGAUGAAGACUCAGACAACAAUAGAAACACUGGGCGCUUCCAUAGACCAACAAAACCUGACUCUCUGAAUCUCAGUGAUGCACAAAUCCCCAAAACUGUUCCAGCAGUUGUAACUGCUACUUCUGCUGCAUCAUUGUUAGACGUAGACGGAGACAAUGACGAUGACGGGGAUUUACAGAGAUGUGGGAGCAGCAAUGUGACAGCACCACUCUGUGGUAGUUUGUCAGAAUGUGAGGAUGGUGUUACCAGGAAGUCUGAGGCAGAUGGUUCUGAGUCACCCUUCAUGCCCAUCUGCUGCCCUUUGGACCACAAAGCAGGUUUGGUAAGCAGCAUGGACUCUGCGUCGAGCCAUUUGACUAUCAUCAGUGAGAAUUGCACAAAUCCAGAUGAUGCACAGCUGGAGUCAAAGCGCUCCCCCAAGUUGGAGCAUAAAGCAGUGACGCGGGUCAAAAGUAUGAUGAGCAUUGAAGCUCCAAACCUUCAACAGCAGAAGUCCAGAGUGGAUGAGCCCGCUCCAUCCCAGCCCCCAUCCCAGCCCACACAGUGUGGAAGAACCCCCAGGACUGUCGGUGGGCCAGAGCCCCACUGUAAGAAAGGAGACACCCGCGAGCUUGUUGGUGUUUGUGCCAUCGACACUGUGACCCUCAGGAGAAGUGACAACGAGUCUUUUGGUCUUGACCUGGAGAUCAUGUCCUCCCCUCUGAAAGUGGUCAUCACUGGGUUAAAGCCUGGCUGCGCAGCAGAGAGGGGAUCUUCAGCCAAGCUGUGUCCUGGAGAUGAGAUUGUGAAAAUCGGAGAAAAGCUGGUGUGCUCCUCCAGCUACCAGGAAAUCUGUGAGCUGAUGCGUAACCUUCCUAUGACACUGUCCUUAGAAGUCAAGAAACCAGUUUCAGCUGUAGAUCGACUGUCCAAUCUAAUGAUGUCAUCAGGGAGCAGUGAUGGAGCCGUCAAACUGAACCCGGCCACAUCUGUUCAGGCGCUGUCUGAUGAAGUGAUAGUCCCAAACCACACAACCCAAACAGACCAUGACUUCCAAAUACCCAUCACCAACAUAGAUGAUAUUUUAUUAGAAGUGAGCCUCUGCAGUGACACAAACACACACACCAAACCCCCCAAGGAAAUAUUAUCCAAUGAGCAUGUAUCAAGCCAACAUGCUGUACCCCUGUCUGAGGGGGCUGGGAUUCAGUUUCCAGUCCAGACUAGUCUCCUGGACAGCUCUGUCUUAGAUACAGGAAAUGAGAAAUGUGUUGUCCUCCCUGUGGAGACAACACAUGUCCUCCCUGUGGAGACAACACAUGAGAACCAACCAGAAGAGAACGCUGGUUCUAAACACAUGUACCCCACAGGAGAAGACAGCGAUUCAAACAGUGAGUCCACCACUGACAGUAGUGUAGUGGCCAAUAAGAAUGCUGAAAGAGGUGGUGGUAUUCAUGAGCCCUCCUCAGAUGAGGAAGAAGUGGAGUUUUGUUGCUGUGAUGCCCAGAAACCUGCUGCUGAUGGACACUCACCAAACAGGUCUUCACCUGUUCAGCCUGCAAGCAGUCAGGAUACAGAGCUGGAUCAGACCUUCGAUGUGAGGCGGGGUGACUCUGAUGUCUCAGUAAGAGACAAAGAGCAACCAUGCCAGUUUUCCAACAGUCCAAUACCUGUGUCCUCUACAGAGUGCUAUGUUAAUGGUGCUAUUGAACCCUGCGACAAAGCUAAAGAAUGUGUGGCAUCUUGUCCUGGUAGCUUAAGCCCCUCCCCACCAGAUACCCACAGUCUCACACAGGAAGCAGAUUCCUCCCUCACCUCAGAUUUACUGAAAAAGUUAAAUAUAAAAAAAGCCCUGUCACCUUCAGUGGAGUCAGAGACCUAUGGUUCAAGCCUCAGCAGAUCAGACACAAAAGUCUCAGCAACAGUGAUAAACAAAGAGAAAGUCCUGACAGGUAGAACUAAUUUGAACACCCAGACUAGCUCCUCACUGAAGAAUACCUCUGGCCUGAAGCUCCUUGAUAUCCCAGACAGUCCUGUGUGGAGCAGCAUCUUAAAACUUCCAUCUGAAUCACAAAUCAGUCCAAAAACAGCUGCUCCCAAACUGAAAGGCCUGAGUAUCAAGAGUAAGAACAAGUCACAGGAGGAGCCGCUCCAAAAACCAAGUCCAGCUCCUUCAAACAUCGACGCUGCCUCGAACCAGUCAACACAGUUACCAUCAGUGACAACCAGAUCCAGCUGUUUGAGGACCAGUAACCAGCCUGAUGUGAACAGCUGCCUUGCUUUGCCCAGAGUAAGUGAGAGAAGGCAGGUUAAAUCUGAGCACAGAGAUGUACAACUGACCAUGGAGAAGAGCGUCCAUGUAGGUUCCAGAUCUCAGGGCCAGUCCCACCAACCUCCCACUCAGAGGACAUUUAUAGAGGUUCAGCUGUCUUCUUUAUCUGGUUCAUCAUCACCAGUUGUGGCUAACAGUGAAACAGUAAAUUCAGGCUCUAAACUCACUCAGAGAGGAACAGAGGUGAGAUCAGCACCUGUUCUUUCUGCUGCUGUUUCCACUGUAGAGAAAACAAACGCUGUGGUCCGUAACACAGACUUGAACUCACUGUGUUCUACUAAAGAAACUCACUCAACCACAAAACCCUCAAAGCCUAGUACUGCUGUGGAGACAGGUGAGACCCUGAAGUCCAGCACAUCCAGACUCUACAUAAAGACGAUGGAGAGACGAAGCUUCUCAACAGACGCUGCAGUGUCUGCAGGCUAUAAUCCCUUCUCUGUCCGACAUAAGAUAAAGUCUUUUGAGAACCUGGCUAACUUUGACCGGCCUGUAGCUAAAAGCAGUGACAUUCAGUCUCACGCCCUGACGUACAGAUCCUCACUGAACCAGAGGAUCGCUGGUUAUAUGGACUUGGUGAAUUCUGUUGACUGUCGUGCACGGCAGAGAAGUUUUAGUUCUUAUGUGGAGACUCUGAUAGCGACCACACCCUGCUCUCCUCCUCUUGGUAAACCCCCCUCGAACAUUACACUGAUGAACCUUGACUUUCCACAUACACGCUGUAACACAGCUCCCCUGUUGGAGGACGGUCCUAAGGCUGAGGCUCCCAAAGCUCCAGAUGGAUUUACACCACAGACCCCUCCAGUGCUGCGGAGGAAACAUGGCAGACUUCCCCGCAGCAGGCUGCAGCAGCUCAGGGCUCUCAGUAUGCCUGAGCUCGAGAAGCUAUGCACAGAGGACUUUACCAAAGGACAGGGUACAGCAGUGGAAAAAACUGAGGUCAGCAUCCAGCCCACAGAGACUGAGAGCUCCCCUCCCUCUGCAGCCCCGACAGAUGUGGAUGUGAUCAGGGUGAGCCAACGUGAUCCUGGAUCUUCUGAAGAGACUCCUCAGGAAACCCCAGAGACCCAUGGACCACAGCCUGGCUGGUCCAUCAGUUUAAAGGAGCUGGAGUCUUCUCCUCUGAGUCAAUGUAAACUGCAGACGUUGCUGUUCUCCCUGACGGCUAAGUCACACGUGUUGGCUCUGCUCCAGGACACCAGGGCGCCUUCUGAGGUGAAGGACGAAACUCACCUUGUGAUCCUGAGUAAAGAGGAGGGAUCAGGACUUGGUUUCAGUGUUGCAGGUGGAGUUGACCUGGAGCAGAAGACAAUAACUGUCCAUCGGGUCUUCACCAAAGGUGCAGCGAGCCUCGAAGGCACAAUCCAGAGAGGAGACAGCAUUUUAUCCAUAAAUGGAACGAGUCUAGAGGGAAAAACCCACGGAGAGGCCGUGUCCUGCCUCCAUCAGGCCAGACUGUCCAACCAGGCCUUAGUCGUCAUUAGGAGAGACAAGGACGGCGGACCAAGUGUCUCUGACAGACAGGACCUGGUCAGCCAGCUGAAGAGUUUACGUUCUGCCAGGAAGACCCCUAUGGAAGCUGGAGCAGUGGUGGAUGUCGGUCCAGAUUGUGCUUUAACGGUGGAGCUCCACAAGACUUCUGCUGGGCUGGGCUUCAGUCUGGAGGGGGGGAAGUCCUCAAGCCACGGAGACCGGCCUCUACUUGUCAAACGCAUCUUUGAAGGAGGUGCUGCUGAGCUGUCGGGGCUCAUUGAAGUCGGCGAUGAGGUCCUCUCCAUCAACGGCUGCUCUCUAGAGGGUCUCAUGCACCACGAUGCCUGGAAAAUCAUCAAAGCCACUAACAAAGGGCCCAACACCCUCCUCAUCCGCAAGCUGAACACCUGACUGUAGGGAAAACCUCCUGAGGGGGGGCCACUGUGAAACUGCCCUCUAAACUAGGGUUUGGACAAACAACAGAAACCAGGACGAGCAGGU